UCAGCUUGUCCCGUUAAAUUCCUCCUGCCUGGCAUCAGGUUCCCGGGGGAAAGGGCGGAGAGUUGGCCACAAACUCUGUAACAUAAGUAAGUAACAGUGAGCAGCCAAGGUCAGACAAACUGGGAAAUUCGUUUUACCGAAACCUAAGAGAGCUCUGGCUCCGAUUAACACCGCGCUGAGUUUCACCAAAGGGGAGCGGAAGGGCAGGCUGAAGUGAACCAUGAACCGUGGCGUUGUCGGCAUGAGGCAGGCUUACACGGGCAUAUAUUAGGGAGCCGGCCUGUUGCUCUGCUGCUCCAAGUGCGCGUGUGUCUUCUCGGGAGAGGCAGCUGGAGGUCCAAUGGCAGACAGGCGGACUAGAGGCAUGACCGGCUCGGAUCUGAGCAGGACCAACGCGGCCCGGGCUGCUGCUAUAGCCGAGCAGCUGCACCAUGAGUGCUCCAUCUUACUGGAACUUUAUAGAAAGAAGGAGAGUUUCACUGCAGAUGUUAUGGUGGCUGACGGUCGUCUGGUGUCCGUCCCUCCUCCUUCCUCCCAGCUGGACACCAGGGACAAGCUCUGGCGUCUCCACUCGGCUCUGCUACAGUGCCGCAGCUUGCUGGAGAGCGCCAUCGCCAAAGAGGAAGAGCAACUGGGCGGUGGGAAUAAGGGUGAAUAUGAGACCCAGAGGAAGAUGGUGAAGGACAGACUGUCGCUGCUCUUAAUCAACACUGGAGAACUCCUUAAAGCUGUUGACGGCACAGCAGUCCUGACUCCCAGCUCGGCGGGUUUGGAGUUAGAUGGUCCGACCACUCUGUUUGAGCUGAAGCUUUGGGUAUACCGGAUCUUCAAAGAGGUGGACUACUGGACCAAGACGGCCAUCACCACCUUGCAAGCCCUGCCGUCGGUGAUUGCUAAGGAGCGGGGAAGGACCACGCGAGUCAGGAGCACGAGGAGCACGCGGAGCACGAGGAGAUGAGAUGGAGACGUGAGGAGUGUGUGUGGGUGAACAGGAAUAAUGAGAGAGGAAAGCAGUUAAGGAGAGACAUAAAGAGGUGGGUGAAGGGAAUGAAAGAUGAAAUAAGGUGUUCAGACGGGGCCAAAGUGAGAAACCGACAUGUAUGGAGAGAAAAAGAAAGAGAUGAGUGAAAAUAGCUGAAAGAGAGAGACAGAUCCCUACUGAGACAGGGAGAUGAGUGAGUUGGGUUAUUUUUAGGGCACGAAGGCCCCUUUACAUGAACAGAGGCCUUAGACAGAGAGGGAGCAAUAGACAAUAACCAUGUUUAUCAUAGCUAAUAACAACAUUUGUUGGAACAAGAUUAUUUUAAGUAUGGCAGAGUUUAAUACAACUUUAUAUUUAUUGUUUACCUUUUUUUAAGAUGAAAUCCAACAAUGCAUCUAGAUUCAGAGUUAAGAUACAGAGUUCUCAGAGUUUCUCACUUUCUUUCUUUCUUUCACAUUUUGGUAUUGAGAAACAUAACAUGAUUAACGCAGACUCAAAAUGCAAAUGAAAAUGUUGCUACUUUUCUCACCUGCUAACAUCAAACUAAUAUCCAUGGUUUUUCUCAUGCAUGCACUCCCUUGAUACAGCUAAAGUUAUUAUAUAAGAUAUACUGCCAGGAUCCCUUGCAGCUGACAGAGGAAGCAGUCAGCAAGGGGCACAUUCUGAUGAAAAUGAGAACAUUUGAAUUCAUGCCAUCACCAGUCUGUAGCUCUGAUGUGUGUAGUUUUGUAUACUGUGGCUGUAAAUCAUUCCACAUAGAUUAUCAUCUGGGGAUAUUCAGUGUAUGAAGAUGAAAAGAAAUCUGUGUAACAGCACCCUCUAGUGUUUACACAGUGCCAUUACAUAGAUGUGUUCCUUCUUUCUUUCUUGAUUUUCCUCACUAAUGCUUAUGUCAAAUUAUCCUGUGUUCUUAUAGUUUUGUUAUGUUUUUAGGGCACUUUAUUAGCAAUGGAAUCAUGUAAAAUCAUGUCACAGGGUUUAGGAAGCAACAAGUGUGGUGCAACCGCAACAUCGAUAGUCCAAACUGAUGGGCAUACAAAUGGGCACAUAAGCAGGGAGAGUAGUGGAAAUACAACGUAAAUAGAAGAAGUCUGCUAACUUAAGUGAUGAAAGACAUUUUUCAUGAAUUCAUUCAUUUAUUUGUGAUACUGAUUUGAAGUGUUUAACAGAAAACUACAUUUCCUUCUUAUUGAUAAAGUUUGAGAGUUUUUCAUAAUUUUUUUUAAUCACCAGGUCAUGUUAAAAAGCCCAGCAAGAAGGGAACAAAAAUAAUGUUCUACAUUACAAUGGUCAAUAUGCAGAAAUGUUUUAAGGCACAUAUCCCAUUUUGACUGGGUUUGACAGGAUUUGUGUCUGUCAAGUGAUCCAUUAUCUAUCAGUUGGGCAGUUGCAGCUUGCACUGCAAUAAUCAACAUAUAGUUGAUAAGUUAACUUGUAGUAGAUUGGUUGUUUAAGAAAGUUAAAAGAAUUGUGAUCAGAACAGAGAAAUUAAUCAAAAAUGGCCCUCAACAAUUAGUCUAACCUGGGCUGCAAUACUAAUUAAAUUAGCAUUGUAGAUAGUAGAUUGUCUUAAUGAUGCAUGAAGCUUCAGGCUUAGAAAAAUAGAAGAUACUGUAAAUGGGACUGAAUCCUACAUAUAGAAGUCUUGCCUAGAUAACCAAUACGAUCCAUGAUAAUGGGGUGUGUUGGAAGAAAAUAUAGGUUUUUGAGGAAAAAGCAAGCAAACCUUUUGUAGUGUUGAAAUCUUUAGGAUUAUGCAUUUAGCAUUAUGGUAAUUUUGCAGUUUAACUUUAAAUGGCUGCAGAUUUUAUUUAUUUAAUAUUUUCCUUGUCACAGGCUGUAUUUAAUACUAGGUUGAUAAGGUAUGUUGAUAAACUGUUGGUAGGUGCACUGGGAACAAACAAACCUGUGUGAGAUUUGAGUGAAACAGGGCACUCCAAACUGUUUUCAGGCUUCUGAAAACUGAAUAUUGUUACUGGAAGGCAACGUGAAUGCAGUUCAUCGUUUGAUCUGAGUCGCAAUGUGUAACGCCAAAGAUGAAAUGUAAACCCUAAGAAAAUAAGAGCUACUGUGCUACAUGUGCGAAAAGUCAUUCACUCCAUCUGUUAUGCAUGCACUAAAUGCAGGAUGAAAAUACAUCAUACAGUACAAAUGCAUCUUAAAUAUCUAAUAAUGCUUUGGAGUGCAGCACUUUUAAUGCGAUGUACUGUAAAUGCAAUAAUACAUGUGUUGCAUUUGCUGUUCUGUAUAUGGAUGUACUAUCUUUCCUCAUGCUCUUUUUCAUCGACUCUGAUGAUGAGCUACGCAGCGCAUAAAUCAUAGAAAACAUGUUUUUUUUCCAAAAGGAUUUUCUGGCUCAGUUGGCCACAGACCAGGAACGGUCAAAGACUAGAGAAGUUAGGCCAAAUUUGACUAAAAAUAACAGUGGGUUAAAAAAAAUGCAAGUAUGUUGCUACAGGUGCUACAGGAGAAGAUUAAGUAUGAGCCAGGAAGUCCAGUUUGAAUAACACAUCCAUUAGUUUAAAGGAUUAUCAGACACAAAACUGUAGUAUGUGGCAGUAUUUCACUGUGGCAAUUAUUUUAGUCUCUGUCUCGACCAUUGCAAGGUAAAUACUAAAAUUUCGCUGUACUUGUUACAGAGUAUUCCACCAAUACUAGGACUACUGAGCCAAUGCAUUGGUCUCACUGAAGUUAAUGAGGCUGCAUAUCUUUGACGCAGUGCUAUUGUUGGUCUGAAUGCAGCCUCAGAGCCUGUAUAUUAGCAACUGAGUAGUUACAGGUUACAAUGGCUUCAUAUUAUAGCCCUCCGUUUUUCUGUUUGUGUCACAGAUAUCAUUUGUCAGUCAUGAACUGAACUACACAAGAUAGUAAUUUUUAGUCUGUCUUCUUCCUGCAGAUUACAGGAAGUACAUCACCAUGGUUACAUUCCUGGCAAACUAAAUGUUUUGUUUGCAUAUAUACAAUUGAUUUAUUUAUUUUAAUAACAAUUUCUUUUUUUACACUUUUUUUUGUCUUCUUUAUGUGUGUCGUUUCUUAAGCUGUGUUUACACCAAACGCAAAUUGAAUAUUUGCCUCACAUUACUCGCCUUAGUUUGACCGCCAGAUCAUUUGUGUUUACCGCCCAGUCAUUCCCACAAAACACUCUGCAAACCCUCCGUGAUAUGCGCGAAUUUUGCACUCAAGUUGAAUAUUUUUAACUCACUUUCAAAUACGCGAUUGACGCGAUUUUCACGUGUUUGCCUCAUUCGCGUCUUUGCAUUAACUUAACUUUUAAUGUAAUCCCAAUGCGCAAAAAAUGCAAUUCGCGUUAAUCACACCUUUACACUCCUACAUGCCCUCUGUUUUGACCUCUGGUGCAGAGAGCAAGUUGUAGACAAAUGGCUCAAAGCACAAAGAGAGAAUUAGGUUACCAUCACAUCUGUCUAUAAGCAGCAAUCAUACUGUAGAGUUGUCACGACAAUGGCGGGAUUUUCACAUUGUAAAGGCUGUAUGAUUGACCCCCAUUACCCCUGAUGGUCAACCAAAUGUUUGGAUGUACUUGAAAUGAAUUGUCAUUGUUGUUUAUCUUUGGAGUUUUUGGUAAAGCAGUAAUAAUCCCCAUCCUGCAAAUGUGGCUUUAUGUGUGUAAUGAUUGUCUUGCUGGAUACACUUUUUCACUCGAUAAAAUGUUAACACAAGAGACCAGACACCAAAGAUAGAUUUAAUCUUUGGGCUGACAAGUUUGAUUUGUAUGUCCCUACAUCACUGUAGUCCAAAAGUCUCUUUGGUGUCUCAAAUUAAAUCUGUCUUUUGGAAUGAAAACCAUCUUCUCUUGAGCUUUUCCAGUAAAGUCCCUUUCAGACAUGGAAUCUGUAACAUUGCUUGGUUCAUCUCUGUUUAAGUAGUGGCUUUCUGACUUUUAAAUAUACAGUAGGCCUCCGUUAUGAAGAAGAUUUUAUAUAUGAUAGAGCAAUGCUUGCUUGAUAUUUGGCAUCUGGGAUACAAGACUAGGAAAUGUAGUAGGGCUGCAAGUAAUUAAUAUUUGCAUGAUCAUUUAUAAUCAAUUAUUUUAUUGAUUGAUGCCUAAUUUUUCUUAAACAGAUUUUUGUCUAUAAAAUGUCAGAAAAUUGUGAAAAAUAGAAAAAAUCACAAUUUCCCAGAGCCCAGGUUGACAUAUUUCAAUUGCUUGUUUUGUCCGACGAAUGGUCCAAAAUGAUUUAUAAAAAAAGAUUUUCCAUUUACUAUCAUUUAAGACUAAAAUAAUGCAAAUAUUCAUUUUUAGAACCUGGAACAAGUGCCUAAGUUCUGAGCAUUUUUGCUGAAAAAUUACUUAAACAAGCAAUUAAUCAUAAAAAUUAAGUGUUAAUUAAUUUUCUGCAGGCAGAUUAAUCGACUAAUCAUUUCAGCUCUACAAUGUUGUAAGUUACGGAUAUUAUACAGGGUCAUCUUGUUAACUUGCUAUCAGUGUGGAAUAAGCAUGGGACGAUGUGAAAAUUUCAUGUCACGAUUAUCCUGGCAAAAUUAAUUGCGAUUCACGCUAUUAUCACGAUAAUCAUCAAAAUAUGCUUAAAACUCUUAAAAUGGCACUAAAACAUACUGGAAUCACUUAACCUUACAUUUUGUGAAGGGACAAAUAUUUUUAUUGCAUCACAGAUAGGAUACACAGCUUUUUAGUGAAAAUCAAACAAACAAUCUUGAACAAGGUAAUCAUAAAUCAAAAGGUCCCCCUGCAUAAAUAAAUAAAAUAUUAGCAACAUUGUCUGAGUCUGUUAUUUCUUACAUGAUAAUUCCUGUAUUUUUUAAAUCAGGCUCUAUUUUCCACUUCUCAACCAUGAUGUCAUAUGGUACAGACAACAAUUUCACCAAUCAGACUAUGUAAUUUACCCCCGACUGAAGAAAUACAGUAAUUAUCCUUUAACAAAAAUAAAGUCUGAUAAACUGGAAUUGUGGCAUAGAGUCAAACUGUCCUAUUUUGGACCUGUUUUUAGUAAAAAAAAAAAAAAAAAAAAAAGUCACUUGUGAGGAUAUUCACGAUUAUCCCAAGUCACGGUUAUCCAGAUAAUGGAAAUUCUCCACGAUCAAUUUAUCUUGAGUGUUUUUUAUCCCGAUCCGUGAUAAUAUUGUAUAUCACCCAUCCCUAGUCUGGAAAGACAGUUCUCUGAUAUAAGCUUUGGACCAAUGUCGUGCCAAUUUUACAAAAGUAGCUAGCAGAAGUGUCUCCACUGAGUCAAGUCUUGCCGCUUCAAAAUGUCCUGCAUGAUCAAAGCGCAUCACUCUCUUUGUUACUUCUCCCUUGUGAUUGGUUUGCACACUAUACUGAAAAUUCUCAUAUGUAAGAACACUGCAAUCUUGACUUUGCCUGUACUUGAAACUCAAACUUGAGCCAUGUAGCAGAAAAUGUUGCCUUGUAAAUUGAGUAUUGACACAUUACACAUUAUUUUAUGUUUAAAAGGGGCUUAAAAUGACGUAAGCAUAGACCAGCACUAGAGCACAAGCCUCAGUUUCAUUUUGUCUCACAGCCUAAAUAUUGUUGUUUUCAUUUAAGGACAAAAUGAUUACUUGUCAAAAAUGUUAAACUUACAAAAAUAUAAAAUGUAUUUUAGAUCACGGAGAGAGCAUCGGUUGAUGCAUUGUGAAUAUGACAUCAAAGUAAUGUACGGUCUUUUAUGUUUGUCUGAAACUUUAUUUAUUAUUGACUGUAUUUCUGAGGGUGUGUGAGUGGGUUGAAAUAAAUUGAUCUUGGCUAUAA